UGUUCAACAUGAGGCCCGUGGACCAAAAGCGGUCCUCCAGAGGGUCCACCAUGAGGCCCGUGGGCCAAAAGUGGUCCUCCAGAGGGUCCACCAUGAGGCCCGUGGGCCAAAAGUGGUCCUCCAGAGGGUCCAACAUGAGGCCCGUGGGCCAAAAGUGGUCCUCCAGAGGGUCCACCAUGAGGCCCGUGGGCCAAAAGUGGUCCUCCAGAGGGUCCAACAUGAGGCCCGUGGACCAAAAGUGGUCCUCCAGAGGAUCCAACAUGAGGCCCGUGGACCAAAAGUGGUCCUCCAGAGGGUCCAACAUGAGGCCCGUGGACCAAAAGUGGUCCUCCAGAGGGUCCAACAUGAGGCCCGUGGACCAAAAGUGGUCCUCCAGAGGGUCCAACAUGAGGCCCGUGGACCAAAAGUGGUCCUCCAGAGGGUCCAACAUGAGGCCCGUGGUCCAAAAGUGGUCCUCCAGAGGGUCCAACAUGAGGCCCGUGGACCAAAAGUGGUCCUCCAGAGGGUCCAACAUGAGGCCCGUGGACCAAAAGUGGUCCUCCAGAGGGUCCAACAUGAGGCCCGUGGACCAAAAGCGGUCCUCCAGAGGAUCCAACAUGAGGCCCGUGGACCAAAAGUGGUCCUCCAGAGGGUCCAACAUGAGGCCCGUGGUCCAAAAGUGGUCCUCCAGAGGGUCCAACAUGAGGCCCGUGGACCAAAAGUGGUCCUCCAGAGGGUCCAACAUGAGGCCCGUGGACCAAAAGUGGUCCUCCAGAGGGUCCAACAUGAGGCCCGUGGACCAAAAGUGGUCCUCCAGAGGGUCCAAUCCGGCCCUCAGAGUGUGAAAACUACAGAGAAGACAUUAACUGCAGAUAGUAAAUUAGUAAAACUAUAAAUUUAAAAUCAUUUCUAGACCAUGACAUGUUUGGAUCAGAAAGUAAAAUACUAGAUUGUUCAUUGUUCUUUUGCGUCUCAUUUUUGUAAUAUUUUGUUGAUUUUUUCAGUUUGAUUUUUGUCGUUUUUCUCAUGUUUUUGUCGUUCCGUUUCCUUUCAAUCAUUUUGCAUCUUGCUUUGGUCGUUUUAUGCCUUCUUCUUGUUGGUUUACGUCUAGUUUCAGUAAUUUUGUGUCUCAUUUUGGUAGUUUUGCUUGUUUUUGUCUGUCAUUUUAGUCGUUUUGUGUCUAAUUAUUGUCAUUUUACGUCCUGCUUUGGUCAUUUUACAUCUCGUUCUUUUCGUUUUUGCAAUGUUUUGUCCGUUUUUUAGUCUGACUUUUGUGGUUUGUCUCAUGCUUUUGUCCUUUUGCGACUCGUUUUAAUAAUUUUUCUUCUCAUUUUUGUCGUUUUGGUCCUUUUGUUUGUUUUUGUCUGUCAUUUUGGUCAU